AUGAGUUCUGGAACUAAUGGCCAGGGAGAUUAUUGUCUGAUUCACUGGCACGGCACCGACAUUGCGGUGUAUGGCGCAAGAAGAGGCAAUCACGUUCGUUAUCUCUCUUGUCCUCACCACCUCACCAAUCCUAAUCGAAGGUCUAGUGCUUCUGCACGGAUCGGGAUCUACGGUGUGUCAGUGGAUAACGGCGACGUUUCAUACUACUCUGGUUACGCCUCUCCUGACGAGUUUCAAGUCGUUCUCUACGCCACAUCUGGCCUGUCAGAAGGUGAUCACACCAUCAAGAUCUCAAACGAGAAUGCCCGGGAUACCGAUCAGUAUCCGUCAUACGUGUGGAUGGACAUUGACUAUGCCGCCAUUACCGGAACGACCCUGAACCCUACGGCGACGACUACACAGACCAGUACCACUCCUACCACGACCUCUACCCAGGCGACGACUUCCACAACCUCCUCAGUACCUCCCUCCUCAUCAUCCUCUUCGCCAGCGGCAGAGUCAACCUCUUCUUCGCAGUCUGUCGUUUCCACGCCUACCUCCCAACCUCUUCCAUCCUCUUCUUCCUCUUCAUCAUCAUCCUUUUCGUCCGUCUCUCUCAACGCCCAGCAAUACUCCGCUUCUACCACCAUUGUCGCCACGACUACUGCGGUGAACGGACCAAGCGGACCUGUGACAGGUACGUCAAGUGCCAGUGCUAGUAAGAGCAGUAAGGCAGGAGCUGCGAGUGACAAUUCAGGGAGCAGCACGUCCAAAAAUACCAAGUUGGCCAUCUGUAUUCCCGUCAUCGUCAUCUCUGCAGCUGUCAUCGUGGCUGUAGGAUUAGUGUGGUAUAUCAUUUUGCGCAUCAGAGGAAUUCUUGGGGAGAUCUAUAAUACCAUAUCCUUGUCCUACUCUUUCCACACUCCUUGA